GUUAAAAACAAAAAUAAUGGCGGACAAAAAGCGUGAUUCGAGUAAAAAGAGUAAUUACUCAAAAAAAAAUGUUAAAAAUGUUAUUAAAAAAAGAGGACACAAGAAAAACCAAGAGUUUGCUGAAAUUGAGGAAAAGACCGCCUUAUGUUCGGAAUUGACAAAUGACUUGUCUAUGGUGAACCAGUUUUCUGAUUUUCCUUUAUCUUCAAGAACUCUCAAUGGUUUAGAGAAUGCUGGUUAUACAAAACCAACAGCAAUUCAGAAGGAUGGAAUUUCACUUGCUUUGCGAGGAUUUGAUAUUUUAGCAGCAGCAAAAACUGGAUCAGGAAAAACUUUAGCAUUUAUUAUACCGAUUUUAGAGUUACUAUGGCGAAACAAAUGGACUAGUAAUGAUGGUUUAGGUGCUCUUGUUAUUUCACCUACACGUGAACUUGCUUUUCAAACCUAUGAAGUGUUACGUAAAGUUGGUAAAAAUCAUGACUUCUCUGCUGGUUUAGUUAUUGGUGGAAAGGAUUUAGAAGAAGAACAGCGUAGGAUCCUUUGCACAAACAUAAUCAUUUGUACACCUGGUCGAUUACUGCAACAUUUUGAUGAAACAGCAAAUUUUCAUUGUGAUAGCUUGAAAGUUUUAGUGUUAGAUGAAGCAGAUAGAAUUUUAGACAUGGGUUUUGCUACGACCAUGAAUGCUAUUAUUGAAAAUUUACCUAAGACACGACUUACACUUUUGUACUCAGCUACUCAAACAAAGUCUGUACAAGACCUGGCCAGAUUAAGUUUACAGAAUCCUGAAUAUAUUUCAGUUCACGAAAAUGCAAAAUACUCUACUCCGAUUCGUUUGUCACAGUCCUACGUCAUUGUGAAUUUGCAGGAUAAGAUCAAUUUUUUGUUUUCAUUUAUCAAAAGUCAUUUAAAAACAAAAUGCAUUGUUUUUAUGUCAAGUUGCAAGCAGGUAAAGUUUAUAUAUGAAGUUCUACGCAAAAUUCGACCUGGGGUUCCAUUAAUGGCAUUAUAUGGAAAACAAAAACAACUAAAGCGAGUUGGUGUUUAUUCUAAGUUUUGUCAAUCAAAGGCUGCCAUUCUUUUUGCAACAGACAUAGCUGCCCGAGGUUUAGAUUUUCCAUCUGUUAACUGGGUAAUUCAAGUUGACUGUCCAGAAUCAGUAGAUACAUAUAUUCAUCGAGUUGGAAGAACAGCUCGUUUUGAGAAAAAUGGUGAAGCAAUAUUAAUGUUAUUACCAUCGGAAACUGCCAUGGUGAAGAAGUUACUUGAUGGAAAGGUUCCUUUGGAGGAAAUUAAGGCCAACCCAAAAAAAUUGCUCUCAAUAGAAGGAAAACUUCAGGCAUUCUGUGCACAAGAUCAAGAAAUUAAAUACUGGGCACAAAGGUGUAUUGUUUCAUAUGCAAGAUCUGUAUAUCUUCAAAGCGACAAAGAGGUUUUUGAUAUCAAUAAACUUCCCUUAGAUGCAUUUGCUGUUUCAUGUGGAUUACUUUCUUCGCCAAAGAUACGGUUUAUGAAAAAGCUUGUUAAAAAGAUUGGUCCUAUUGACAGUUCAAAAAAUAUCAAUGGUUCCAAGAACAGAACACAAAAAGAGCAUGUGGGGAUUGAAGUACUUAGUAAAAAAAAUGAUAACAAAGGCUCGUUAGUAGAGAAAAAUGCAUUUCACAUAAACAGUGAAAGUGAAGAUGAUGUUUUGGUAAAAAAGUCUGUGGAACUGCACCAUGUUGAUCUUGAUGAAGAGUUAGAUGUUGAACCUGCAGUUGCUAGAAAAAAAAAGAUUACCAAAGCCAGCAUGGCAAAAAAAGUAAUUCGAAAGAAUAUCAAAGUUAAUACAAAGAUAACUUUUAAUGAUGAAGGAGAAGUAGAUAUUGAUCCUAAUAAUGUAUCAGUAGAGCCAGUAGACAUUUCUUCGGAGGCUGGCGGUAUAGACGUAGAAAAGGCCAAAUUUCGUAUGAAAGAACAAGAUAAGAUUGAUCGAGCUAUAGAAAGAGCAAGAAUAAAAAAGAAACAUAAAGAAAUAAAGAGGAAAGAGAAAGAAGAACGAGUUGGAUUGUCGGAGGGGAGAAGAGUAACUCUUGGAGCAUCAGAUGAUAGUGAUAGAGAUGAUGUGGAUUCUGAUGAAGACUCGAGUGCGUUUCGUCCACCAAAAAAACAAAAAGUAGAAUAUGCAGAUGAUGAAACAAUUGAUGCAAAUGAAAGUACAGUUCUCGAAGACGAAGAACUAGCCCUGCAUUUACUAGCUGCAUCUUGAAAGAUAUAUUAUUAAUGUUGAAUUUGAUAUUUAAAAGUAAAUAUAAAAGUCUUUUA